CACCUCCUCGCGGCAGAGUCUCUUGUCCUUUGGGUGGUUUGGGUUAGAAGAUGAGGUUCUUUCCUUGGCUACAACCCUCGGAACAAGAAACAGGUAGCAGACUAUUUACAAACAAGGAAGCCAAGAAGAACAUGGUUGAUGGAAGAUUAUGUGAGGAAUUCUCACCAGCUUAUUACGGGAUUUGCACUAUUGGGGGAAUGUUCAGUUCUGGGAUAACCCGUCUCGCUAUCACUCCUCUCGAUGUCUUGAAAGUGAAUAUGCAGGUGAAUCCCAUCAAGUAUAACAGCAUUUAUUCUGGGUUCAAUAUUCUCUUGAGGGAAGAAGGCCCUUCUGCCCUUUGGAGAGGUUGGACUGGGAUAUUAAUCGGAUAUGGUUUUCAAGGUGCCUGCAAAUUUGGCCUAUAUGAAUAUUUCAAGAAGCUUUACUCUGAUGUGUUGGUAGACCAGCACAGGAGCCUCGUCUACUUCAUCAGCAGUGCAUCUGCUCAGGCGUUUGCUGAUGUGGCUCUCUGCCCUUUUGAAGCUGUCAAAGUCCGUGUUCAAACACAACCUAAUUUUGCGAAGGGCUUGGGUGAUGGAUUUCCAAAGUUUUAUGCAACUGAAGGCCUCUCUGGCUUUUACAAGGGGCUUGUACCACUUUGGGGUCGGAAUCUUCCAUUCUCUAUGAUUAUGUUUUCGACAUUUGAGCAUUCCGUGGACUUAGUAUAUCAUAAGAUCAUUCACAGAAGAAAGGAGAACUGCUCAAGAGCUCAACAGCUUGGGGUGACAUGUGUAGCUGGAUAUACAGCUGGAGCUGUUGGUACCUUGAUUUCUAAUCCUGCGGAUAACAUUGUUGCAUCUCUUUAUAACAAAAAGGCUGAUAAUGUGAUGCAGGCUGUGAAGAAUAUUGGGUUUGUCAAUUUGUUUACAAGAAGUCUACCUAUCAGGAUCGCAAUUGUGGGACCUGUUAUAACCUUGCAAUGGUUACUCUAUGACACCAUUAAAGUAUUAACUGGACUGCCGACAAGCGGUGGUGGUCUUAACAGCCCUAGGGAAGAAGUGCAUUGAACAGCUUAACCUAUAAAUGUGCAACCAUUGUUACUUCAGGUUAGUUGUCAUUGAUAUGAAAUCGCUAGC